CUACAUAACUGAUUCAUAUGAUGACAUCCCGAUGCAUAUAUGCAUUAUUUAUAUAAGGCAAUAAACGCAUGCAUUCCAACGACGGCAAUUUGGGAGUUUUUUCUUCUAUCAUGGAAACUUGGGGAAAUUAACGUCCGACCAUCUCGUUCUCUCUCCUUCUCCCUCUCACCGUCGUCUCCGGCUGAGCCACCACCGUCAGCUCCGACGUGAAUAAACUCGUCGACCCAAAUGCAACAGCACCCGGAAACAAGAAGUUAGGAGGGGAGGUAUAAACGACAACGAACGGAGAUCAAUUCUCUGUUCCCCCUUUGAUUUUGCUCUGUUUUCGUGGAACCCGACAAAUCGAUGGCGGACAUCGUGAAGCAGAUCUUAGUGAGACCGAUCCAAUUAGCGGAUCAGGUGACGAAAGCCGCUGACGACGCCUACUCGUUCCGACAGGAAUGUCUCGAGGUGAAGGCGAAGACGGAGAAGCUCGCCGGACUCCUCCGACAGGCGGCGCGUGCGAGCAACGACCUCUACGAACGACCCACGCGCCGAAUCAUCGACGACACGGAGCAGGUCCUCAUGAAAGUCGUCGCGCUCGUCGACAAGUGCCGAGCCACAGGUCUGAUGAAGCGUCUCUUCACCAUCAUCCCCGCGGCUGCCUUCAGGAAGAUCACGAUGCAGCUCGAGAAUUCCAUCGGCGACGUUUCAUGGCUCCUCCGCGUCUCCGCCUCCGCCAACGACCGCGACGACGAGUACCUGGGUCUCCCUCCGAUCGCCGCCAACGAACCCAUCUUGUGUUUGAUCUGGGAACAGGUCGCGAUUCUCUACACGGGGUCCAUGGACGAGCGAUCCGACGCAGCCGCGUCGCUCGUGUCAUUGGCCCGAGACAAUGAUCGGUACGGGAGAUUGAUCAUCGAGGAAGGAGGAGUCCCGCCAUUGCUGAAGCUUGCCAAGGAAGGGAAAAUGGAAGGGCAAGAGAACGCGGCUCGAGCCAUCGGGUUAUUGGGCCGUGACCCGGAGAGUGUGGAACAGAUCGUGAACGCAGGUGUCUGCCAAGUGUUUGCUAAAAUUCUCAAAGAAGGUCACAUGAAGGUUCAGUCCGUGGUGGCGUGGGCGGUCUCGGAGUUAGCCUCGAACCAUCCGAAGUGCCAAGACCAUUUCGCUCAGAACAACAUCAUCCGGUUCCUCGUGAGUCACCUCGCUUUCGAGACGGUUCAAGAGCAUAGCAAAUACGCCAUAGUGAGCAACAAACAGACUAUGUCCUCGAUCCACACCGUUUUCAUGGCGAGCAACAACAGUUCAUGUUCUGAGAAGAAGGACAACGAGCAGGACGAGACGAGUAGCCGAAUCGCUCAUCCCAUGGGGCACCAGUCACUGAGCCAGAUGCAUAACGUCGUUACAAACACGAUGGCGAUGAAGGUCCCUAGCAAGCAUCAAGGUAUGAGAACAAACUCGAACCCUAACCAUGGCAAGGGUGGUCAGAACAGCCAUUCGGGUCAUGGUCGUCACCCGAGAGAGAACCACCAAACGCAUAUUUCAUUGACCGGGACGAGCAUCAAAGGAAGAGAAUAUGAAGAUCCAAUCACAAAGGCUCAGAUGAAAGCAAUGGCCGCUAGAGCGUUAUGGCAGCUUUCGAGAGGGAAUCUCCAGAUAUGCAGAAACAUAACUGAAUCAAGGGCAUUGCUUUGCUUCGCUGUCUUGUUAGAGAAAGGGGACGAAGAAGUGAAGUCAUACUCGGCAUUGGCAUUAAUGGAGAUCACAGCUGUUGCAGAGCAAUACCCGGAAAUGAGACGCUCUGCUUUCAAGCCGACGACCCCUGCUGCAAAAGCAGUGGUUGAGCAAUUACUAAAAGUGAUCGAGAACGAACUCCCGGAUCUUCUAAUCCCAAGCAUCAAGGCAAUGGGAAAUCUUUCGAGAACUUUCCGCGCAACAGAAACCAGAAUUGUCGCUCCACUCGUGAAGCUUCUAGACGAGCGAGAAGCAGAGGUUUCAAUGGAAGCAGCCAUAGCACUGAACAAAUUCGCUUGCCCCGAGAAUUUCCUACACGAUAACCAUUCAAAGGCUAUCAUAGCGGCAGGAGGAGCUAAGCAUCUGAUCCAACUAGUCUACUUUGGAGAACAAAUGGUUCAAAUCCCGGCAUUGACGCUUCUAUGCUACAUUGCGUUGAAUGUACCGGACAGUGAGACUCUGGCUCAAGAAGAGGUUCUCAUAGUCCUCGAAUGGUCGACCAAACAAGCUCAUCUUGCUGAGGAGCCGACCAUUGAAGGGCUCUUGCCUGAAGCUAAGAGUAGGUUGGAGCUUUAUCAGUCUAGAGGUUCAAGAGGAUUCCACUGACAUUACCACAGGUUCCCGUUCAUAGACGUUGUUGCAAGCGUACAGACAUUUAUGUUGUAAUAGAAACGAGCUACACAUGAAAUUUUGUUGUUUCACGCUUCGGAUUUUUUUUUUUUUUUUUUUGGUAAACUGGUUUUGUAUUCUCUAAAAAAUGUCCAAUUCAAUCAAUCGCAUUCUCUCUCUUUUUUGUUUUGAUUUUUUUGUGAACCUUUUAUGGAUGAUAUUGAUUUCCAUGGAUGACAAUGAAGCAACUCCCCCACAGGAUAAGAUUAUGACGUUAGAUAGACCGCUGUUCCGGCGCACGUUAUCACCGUCCGGGUGG